AUUCUUUUGUUUUAAGGGACAUCUAUUCUCCCACUAGAAGAAGUCUAGAACUAUAGCCGCCACUUUCCGAACGACGUCGAACCUCGCUUUUCGCCGAUGGCCGGAAACUGCUUGGCGCCGGUGAAGCUCACCGGCAGCGGCCGCCCGGUGCUCGAACCCAACGAAAUCGAGUGCUUCUUCCUCUCCGGCGUUGACCUUCUCAGCGAAGACGACCCCAGCUUCCCUCACCUCAAAUCUGGCCUCCUCAUCCUCACCACGCACCGCCUACUAUGGCUCCCAGACUCCGCCGCAUCCGCCGGCGGCACCGCCGGCGCCAUCCCCCUCGCCGCCGUCUCCCACAUUUUCUCCCCCAAGAUGUCCCUCCGGAAGGUGUUCGCCUCGCCGCGGGUCCGGUUCCAGGUGUCACUGUCGCCGGAGGGAAGGGUCUCCGCGGCGGGUUCGCGAUCGGUGGUGGCGACGGCGGUGGUGAGAGGGAAGGGGGAUUGCGACGCGUUUUUGGCGAAGUUUAUGGAGAAUUGCCGCGCCAGGGCGUGGCAGGAGGCGGAGAGUGGGUCCAGUUCGGGGUCGAAUUCGGCAGUGAUGGCGGCAACAGCGACAGCAUCAUCGUCGGGCGGGAUUUAUUCGAGCGACGGAACGGUGAGGAUGGUGGGAGUGUCUGGGAUACUGAGGAAGGAGCAGGAAAUGUGGGAGAGUACUGAUAGGAGCUUGCAGGAGGCUUUUCAGGAUUUGAAUGCUCUCAUGAGCAAGGCUAAAGAGAUGGUGAUGCUAGCAGAGAAAAUGAGGCUAAAACUUUUGUCUGGCUCAAAUUCUCAAACCAAUGCAACUAAUGAUGAGGAGAUGGGUUCGAAGGAAGAAAUGCAAGAUUGGUUAUUGAGUGUUGGUAUUAUAUCCCCUGUUACGAAAGAGUCUGCAGGUGCUUUGUAUCAUCAACAACUUUCUCGUCAGUUGGCAGAUUUUGUUAAAGUUCCACUUGAGAAAGCUGGGGGAAUUAUCAAUCUUAUUGAUAUAUAUUGUCUCUUCAACCGUGCUCGUGGCACAGAAUUGAUCUCACCUGAUGAUUUGUUGCAAGCAUGUUCUCUGUGGGAGAAGUUUGAUGUCCAAGUGGUUCUGCGCAAGUUUGAUAGUGGAGUCAUGGUGAUACAGACGAAGUCCCACAGUGAUGAGGAGGUUUUCAAUAAAGUCAAGAUGCUUGUUUUGAAACCUGACGCCCUUCGAGCUGGAAUAAGUGCUAGUGAUGCUGCAAGGACACUAGGGGUUGCUCCAGCAAUGGCAAAGGAGCAUCUCUUGUCUGCAGAGAGCAAAGGUUUACUAUGCAGAGAUAUCAGCCCUGAUGGAUUUCGCUUUUAUAUUAACUUGUUUGUGGAAAUUGACCGAGAUUAUAUGUAUUUAGUGAAAGAUCAGGGAAUUUAUGCCUCGUGGGUACAGGCUAACGAUACUCAUGCUUGAGAAUCCCAAGCAUGUUUAAUUCAAGGUAUGCAUAAAUUUUAAAUUGAUAAAGCGAUGAUAAGCAGGAAGGGAAAAAUGUACACACACACGCAUACAGUUUUACUGUGCUUCAAUCAAUGUGAGAUUUUCAUUGUAGAGGACACUUCACAUAAUCAUUCUGUAGAAGGAUUAUAAAUACUUGAAAAGACUCGAAGCAAAACUUAUAUGUAUCAUGUCAUAUCAUUCCAAAAGCUAUUGUUACUCUUAGCCUAGCUUUCCAUACAUGAUGUAUGAUGAUGUUGAGGAUUACUCUGAUAUCCAUCCCCCUUUUUUAUUAUGAUACCAAUACUCAACGUGAGUUCUUAAUUA